UCACCCCCCUCACCACCCCCACUCCUGGCAACGACACCCCACCCUACCAAACCAAGACAUUCACUUUUCUUACUUAUCCCAGCUCACUGCACUCCACAGAAGCAGAAAUGGCCAUCUCAACCUCCAUUCCCAAUUAUACCCCUCUGCCAUUUCUCUAUUUACUCCUCUUUUCUUCUUACCAUCUCCCCAUUUUGUCCAUUAAUGUCACCGAUUUGUUAAACUCGUGCCCCGAUCUCUCGGACUUCACGAAGCUCUUGACAACCACCGGCAUCGCUGCUGAUCUGGCCUACCGCGCCUCUGUCACGCUCCUAGCGGUUCCCAACGCGUUCUUGCGUAGUUCCGCCGGCGAUCUCACGCCGGGGAACCACCUUUCUUCUAGUAACCUCGCCGACGUUAUUCGAUACCAGGUACUCCUUGAGUACCUGUCUUUGUCCGAUCUCCACCGCAUACCUGCCGGCGGGAAACUCGUCACCACCCUGUUUCAGACAACUGGGCGUGCUGCAUCGAACUCCGGCACCGUUAACAUAACGUUUAACCCUUCUUCUAAUGCCGUCACUAUCUACUCCCCUACAUCUAAUGCUACUCUCCUUGCCCUAAUUAAAACUCUUCCUUACAACAUCUCGAUCUUCUCAAUUAAUUCGCUUCUAGUCCCUUACAAUCUAGAUCUAAUGGCUUCUGAUACUCGCCCGCCUUUGGGGCUCAAUAUUACGAAGGCACUAAUCGAUGGGCACCAAUUCAAUGUUGCGGCAUCGAUGCUUCAAGCAUCUGGGGUUGUGUCUGAAUUUGAAGCCCAUGAGAGUGGUGCCGGAAUCACACUUUUCGUUCCAACUGAUGGCGCAUUUGCCGAUCUGCCUUCAUCGGUAAAGCUUCAGUCUCUACCGGCUGACCAAAAAGCACAGGUUUUGAGAUUCCACGUUUUGAAUUGUUACUACCCAUUAGGUUCUUUGGAGUCAAUAGUGAAUCCGGUUCAACCCACAUUGGCGACGGAGCAAUAUGGGGCUACGAGUUUCACGUUAAACAUCAGUCGGGUUAACGGGUCAGUGGGCAUUGAUACCGGAAUAGUGCAGGCGUCCGUGACGCAAACGGUGUUUGAUCAGAAGCCAGUGGCGAUUUUUGGGGUGUCCAAAGUUUUGUUGCCCCGAGAAAUUUUUGGGAAGAAUCCAAUUGAGGUGGACAAGCCUGUAACAGCAGGUGCUCAGCCCCCAGAUAUUGCACUCUCUCCAGAGCCUGGAAUGUACAGUCCAGCAUCACCGGCUGGGAUGGAAAUUCGAUCGGUGGCGGCAGCUGAAAAACUGGGAUUUCAUAGAUCAUUGUUAUUUUUGUGGUGUCUAUGGCUGAAUUAUCUAUAUCUAUGGCGAUGAGAUUAGAUUUGAUUAUUUUGGGACUGUUAUUUGUCAUAAUUAACACGAAAAAUCGAAUUGGAGCCUACAAAAGCAGUCAUUUCCUUGGUGGGAUAAAUAAUCGGUCUCGUGAGGUAAAGCCGUAAAGAUUAUCAAAAUUGUGCUAAAAUUGCCAAUAAUUCUAGAUCCCAAUUUCAUUUGUAUAUCAUUUCUUGAAUUGCAUUGUCGAUUGUUUUUGUAAAGCACUUGAAAUUUUUUUAUUAAAAUGUAAUAUAUUACCAAAUUCUGUAGUAAAGUGACUGAAGAAAUCCUUGGGUUUCUUAUGGUUUUGUUGCA